AUGGAAGGUAGCAGCAGUAGUAACAACAGCGACGCCGGCGAGCCGAAAUCCGGGUGCGGUUGCAGCGGUGCCGCGGUUAACAAUAACAACGACGCUACGGCCGCCGCAGCCACAGCCGCGGCCGCAGUUGCGGCGGCAGCGGCGAAGAGAGCAGCGGGUGAAGCCAACAUAAUCGCCAGGGCGAUAGCGGCCGAGAAGCGGCUGUACCAGGAAAGUAUGAAAGUAAAACACGAAGACCAGCAGCAGCAACAACAACCGACGGACGACCACCAAACGACCGCGGCUGCCGUUAGCGGUAGCUCAUCAUCGUCCCUGGCCGGCGGAAGUUCGGCCGCCAACAUCAAUCUCGGUCCCGGGGCGGCCGCGGCGUUCGCCGCUUUCGAAGCGUCCGAAAUUACCAUCACCGUGUCGCCGACCACCGGAGGCCAGUUCGACCUUUCCGUGUUCAAGACCGAUUCGGUAGAAAGUCUCAAAAAAGUGAUCUCCAAACGACUUAGAGUGCCCAAAGAACGGAUAUGCCUAUUGUACCGCGAAAAGUAAGCAGCCCGUUUCUAUUUUUAACAUUUUUUUUUUUUUUUAAAUCCAAAAAUCUGUCGAUCUCCGCCGUCAAUCUACCCCUCCCCCUCUUCGCACGCGCACGAGUCUGCGUCAACCCACAUACGGCGUUAGGGCACCCCGAGCUCCGUGUAGCCUCCGCGUCGGCAAUGCAGGUAGGUUACAAUACGUAAACUCGCACGUUAAACGGGAAGCGCGUACGAACUUGGACGAGGCCGUACCGGCUUAUAUAACAGACUUUAUACGCGUUGGGGGGAGUGGCUUCUGAGCGGCAAAUGCUCCCCGACGUACUCUAUACUUCUAUAGGUACGUCGCCGAAAGGUUAGGUUGCGCCGGUACGCUCCAAAGUGCGUAUUCCAGCUCGGUGAAACUUUGAGACCGGCACUUCCGUCCGAUUACGAUGCGAUUUGGCCCCGGGGGGUCACGGCCCUGCCGCCGCCGUAAUGUGGCCGGUAUUCGCGUUACGCCCGUUACGACCCUCUUGCUUGUGCUGCAACAGCUGCUCCGGCGAGAUAAAAAUGUUGUUUGUUCCCCGAAUUCGGAACGCGGGGCGACGUUCAGGUAUUAUAUUGUUACCUACCUAUAGUGCCGUGUCGGGACCGUGCGACGUUGCCGGUUCGCCGCCGUCGCACGCGUUCGUUGCGCGAAUGGCGAAAAAACGUACGGAAAAUCGAAUUACACAUAUUGUGUACUAAUUUGUACCUAUCCGUUUUGUUUCUCGUUUCGAGACGCGCUAUUGUCGUGUCCUUUUCACGUCGUCUAGUGGGUACCCCUCUCUUUUUUUUUUCUUCUUUUUCGGUUUCAUUAAUUUGCCACAGCUUUUACCGUCCUCUUACCCCGGUACGUACGGCGUUGACAUUGAAACAAAGCGCCCGGACGAAACGAUGUCAACAGGAUAUUCGGAUAUAUAUUGUGUGGCGUGUAACAUAUUAUUGUUCGCAGAUUUCUUUUUUUUUUUUUUUUAUCACUCGUUCGCCAUGGGCGUCCGCCGGCCUUAGUUCAAUAAUAUAAUAUUGGGCUUGUUCGAGUUCGUUCGUCGAUUUUUUUUUUCUCUCUUUUUUACCAUUUUAGAUUUUUAGGACACCAUCGAUUGUCGCCGGGCGUCUGCUUCGCGACGAUAGCGUUUUACGCGCGUUUCCCGGAAGUCGUCCGGUACCUGUCUGUCUACCUACCUACCUACCUACCUACCUACCAGUGUGUAGUUUAGCGCAAUUCGAAAUCGACGAUGACCAACAAUAAUACUUAAGCGACCAUCGCGGUACCCGCGGUCGGAUUUUAAUACGCUUUCGACACGUCCGGACGACAAAGUCUAUCCGAAAAAAAAAAAGAAAAAAAGAAAUAUAACUACUUACAUCGCCGUGUACCACUAUAAUAGAACGUUCUUUGUUGGGUAUAAUAUAUUAGGCAGGACCGUUUUAAAACGAUUAUUCGUUCUUUACCCCCCUUCUUUUCAGAACCCCUCGUAGAUAAUAACCCAAAUAAAAAGGUUACCUACCUACGCGCGUGUGUGUGUAUACCUAAUACUCUUUCUUGGAAAAAUAUCAUGCGGUUACGCAAGCAAUAGACCGGCAGCGGCGGCGACGGCGUCAGCUGUUGGGAUCCCGAUCCCACGCUCCGGAGAGACGACGUCGCCGCGGCCGCUCCCCCAGCGGCGGCCGACGCCGCAGCCGCCGCCGCCAUUAUUACAUUUUAGGGGUGAAUAACCCGAACGGCCGCCGCUCGACGGGUCCCUUUUUAGACAAGUGUAGAACAGCCGGCUGCGGGGCUUCCCUUUUUCCAUUGUGCACGCCGCCGCCGCCGGAGAGACGCAACCAUCGUUCGUUUUUUCGGGCGAUGCCCUACGGAUCCUCCGGACACCUGGCCGCGCGCUAUGCGUGCGUGCGCGCGCGUGAUGUUUUCGCGAAACGUCUCGAAGUGGAGCGCGUGAAAAACCGCCGCUUUCUCCGCGUUCUGGAAAACUAGGGGUUACCAAAAUAUUUAAAAAAAACGCGACCGUCGCCGCCGAUCUAUUGUUUCCCCCGGUCGUCCGCCGGCCCGCCCGUCGACACGGCUAACCCGUGCGCGUGCAUGCAAUAUUCUCCUUUCUUGGGUUUUUUUUUUUUUCUCUGUGUUUGGUCGGGACGGCGUGUGGAAAAAAAAUAACAUAAAACCUCCGGUUACAACAACGUUGUUUCACCGCGCGCGCGUUACGACAAUCGCGCCGUGGAUGCAAAACACUGUGCGUAAUUUGACGCAUUUAUGUAACGCACCUGUAAUUAUUAUUAUUGCGUUAAACCUUGAAAAAACGCAUUGUUGCCCGCAAUCGGUACGAUAUUUAUUGUUAUUAUUUCCACGGUAUGAAAAUUAUUAUAAUUUUGUCGAGUUUUCCCGGCGACCAUUACAAUAUCAUACGUACGCGUAUACGCAUAGUAGGCAUCAUUGAUUUUAGAUUAUUACCUUAUACCUACCCACAUAAUACCCGUAUUAUUAUUCUAUUAAAACCAUUGGCAGGUAAGUGCCUCGACCGUAUUAAUUUAUCAUCGUAUUAUGCGUGAAAUAUGUAUAAUAAUUGUCGUGUAAAACGAGAUUUUUCGCUCGUACGUGUUAUAGUAGUGGAAGCGAACGUUUAUAUUGAUUUACGGACUUUGUUUUUUUUUUUUUUUACAUUUUUUUUUCUACUCCUGUCCCGCAGGCAACUGAGAGAUGGCUCAUUGGACGACAACCAGUUGAUGCAAGGAAGCCGCCUCACCCUAUUGCCCAGCGUGGAAACCGGUCUUCUGGUGAGUAGAUCUUCGUUUUCGUGUUUCUUUUAUCCCGCAGCGCGCGUAUAGACUCCCACCCUUUCUCCCCCCCCCGUCACCGUCGUGUCGCCGCGACGACAAACCAGUUUUAAACACGAAAUAAGCGUACGCGCGAGUAUUGUGUGUGUGUGUGUGUGUGUGUGUCCUUAUUGCCACACAUCUCGACGAUCACGAUACAUUACAUUAUAGGAACGUUGUUAUAUUAUUAUUAUUAUUAUUAUUAUGGAACGGCCAAUGCGUAUUAUGCGCGCGCAAGGACAUAAAUAUUAUUAUCAUCGUCCCGGCCCGAUAAUAAUAUUAUAUUUUAGAACGCCUGUUAUGCGGGAGAGGGAAAUCGAGUAGGCCUUGUUCUCCAUUAUCGGCUCCUCUUUUUUCCCUGUCCAACGAUCGUCCAGCGCAUAUUAUUAUUAUAUUGCAGAAUAGUAAUAUACUGUAGACCCGACCGUAAAAAAAGUGCCGUUGAUAACGCCGUUAUCGGUAAAAAAUUUACGGCCGGGGAAUUAUUGCGUUUGGAAUCCACAGAAAAAAAAAAAAUCGAAAACGAUAGACGAUUUUUAAAGUGUCCCCCGACUCCAUAACGACUCCCUCCGACUUAUUUUGUAAAAAGUUGUACGUAGGUAGUAUAUAUUAAAAAAAAAAAGAAAAGAAUUUCCCCGUGCGUAUCGUAUCGUUUGCGCAGUAUUCGACAAUUAUUAUUGUAUUUUUUUAACGCGUUUAGAGGGGAGUUUAAACCGUUUUUGCCUUUUUUAAUAUCGCUUUUUUUUUGUCUAUUUCAAGUGCAACAAGACCCCGAGUCCUAAUAACCAUGAUCAAUCGAAAUAUUAUCAGAUACCGAUUAUAAUAAUAGUAACAGACGGCAUCAGACUAUAACCCUAUGGGAAUAUACACUGCAAAUACCCGGCUUUGUCGGUUUAGUAGUAUUUUUUAUUAUUGUUAUGUUUUUUUUUUCAUAUAGAACGCGUCUAAAAUAACCUUGUUGUGAUUGUAUUAUUUAAGUUUUGACUUGUUCCGUUGUUAUGGGCACCGCGUUAGAGGUUACGUUUGUAUAUUACCGUCGCCACGGUAUUAUUGUUACUUUAAAUUUUUAAUUUAUAGAUACGCGCAUAGUCCACGCCACGCAUAAUACGGGGAGGGCGACCGUAAUCGGGGAAAUAAUAGCGAAAAAAAAAAAAAAAACGGCGUGCACUAUCGGGGGAACGGCGUUUCGACAGAACAACAAUAUUAUUGCGGGUAAUCGCGUGGGAACUGUGUUUCGGGAUAGUGUGUUGCUGGGCUGGGAAAGCGUAAGUUACGGAAAAUAUUAGAAAAUAAAUUAGCCGAUGGCCGGGCCGUUGCAGGUAAAGUUGUGGUCGGGCCGGUCUGAAACACGGUUUAACUUAAUUCGCCGUGCGCGACGAAAACCGAUUCUGAGCCGAAUUCGUUAAACGUGUUUCGAAAGCGCCGCGAUUCACACGGUUUUCGUCGAAAUUCCAACGGUCGUAAAGAAAACGAUUACAUCACGGGGUCAGGUUUUAUUUUUUUUUAUGUUUCGACCACCGAGUGUAUACUUUUGACGCUCGUUAUAUUACAUUUUCGAGCAUUUUUGCCCGGCCGAAAUAAUUAUUUUUUCCAAUAAUAAAAACUAAAACGCUUCGACAAUUCCAACUGAUUAUAAAUAGCUAUAAACGCCAGAAUGUUUUACCGCGUCUAGUAAUGGCCGAUACAAGUAGUUGGUGGGAAUGUCUGCGAUUAUUUUUAACUGAAUUACAACAAUAAAACGAAAAAAAUUAAUAAACGAAAUCGAAAAUAACCGUUAUCACUUUAAUUUUCCGUUUUUUCCUGAUCACAGAUUUAUUCCGUAAGAGGCCGUCACGGUAGUUUUUGCCGUUUCUGUUUUUCUAAAAUCUAACCGAAUUGGUUACAAAAAACAAACAAAAUCGAAUAUAACGAAACCGGUUAUUGCAAUUUUCAUUCCAUUACAUUCCCGGUUUUGCUAAGUUUUUCCAAUUUAUAAAAAAUGAAAAACCGAUCUCUCCUUAUGCAGCGUCAAGACCCAAAAUGUCACAGAAAAAAGUGUCCAAAUAUAUUAAUAAAAAAAUUGGUUACUAUUUUUUUUUCCCUUUUAAAAUAAUGAGUUAAAUAUUAAGAGAAUUUUAAAACGCCAACGAUGUUGUUUACACAAUGCUGUCAUCAAAAAAAAUGGUUUUUAAUUGGUUUUUUUAUUUUUUUAUUUUUCAUCAAUGAGUAGGGCCAUAAUACGAUACUUUCUUUGUAAUCGUAUUUCAAUGUAACCAUGAAACGAUCAAUAAAUUGUUAUUAUUAUUAUUAUUAUCGUCUCCGAAACCUCUUUUAAAGGUAUUCCUUUGGUUUUCACGAACACAGUUUUCCUACGUGACACGUUCGAAAGACAAACACGACACUAAACGCUACUGUAUUUGCCUCGAGAACGAGGUUAUUCCUAAACGAUAUACAAUCCUUAAAAGAAAAAGAAAUAUCGUUUUUCGGCGACAUUUAAUUCCAAAGAAGUAUUUAACAAAAAAAAAAAAAACAGUCUUUUCGAAUAAUUUCUCGAUUCGUAUACUAUGAUAACCGUCCUGAACCUGUCGGCAUAAGAUAUUUUUUUUUUCGGUAAAAAAUAAUUAAUACUUAAAUAAUGUAUUUUGAAAAUGUUUUCGAUUCCGACGUCUGGCUAUUAGUUGUAAAAUAUUAGGCGAUAUUAUAGUAUCCCGUUUACGAAAAACGAAUAAAAAAUGCGUAUUUUAAGAUUGGUAUGAAUAUUAUUUAGAACAUUAUAGAUUGUAUCUUAAAACAUUAUGGAACUAUCUCGUUUAUUUUGAGGUUUAUGUAUUUUUUUAUUUAUUUAUUAGUAUGGAUAAUGUAUUAGAGUAUUGAUGUUCCCGGUACUUUUAUAUUUUUUUCUCAUUUUUUUUUUUUUAUGUUUUAUUGUAUACGAUACAGUAAAUGUCGCGCGUGGUAAUUUUUUUUUUUUGUUUAUUUCAUAGAAAUCGUUAAUCAUACUAAUAAAAAUAUCAACAUUAUUCAAACCGACAGCUUGCAUGAACUGUGUACGAGAUAGUAAUAUUUCAGAGACAAUCUAAAUCGUGUUCUUUAAACUUUUUUUUUCUCUUGUUUUUCUGCGCAGAGCGCUACGCGCAAUAUUUUAAAUUGUGAUACUUGUAGAAUAUUACGCGAUAUGAAGUAAAUUAUAUUUUAUUAAUAUUCUUAUCAUUAUUAUAGUUGUUAUUACUAACAAAAUAUAUGUGCAAUAUUAAUUAAUCGCCAUCAGUUAAUUAAGUCAAAUAUAGAAGUUUCUUUCGGUUGUAUUUACAGUGGAUUCCAGGGUUGUUUUUUUUUAGAUUCUGAGUAGAGCGAGGGAUGUAUUGGUUUUACAAUGAUGUUUAUUACUUUUUUUAAAUUUACUUUAUGUAAACACCUACCAGACAGCUUAUUCCGAUUAUGAAGUAUUGCAAAUUUCCUGAAAGGAAAUUUUCUCUGGGUGGUUCAUUACAGAGGUCAUUUUUUGAAAUUCUCAUUAAUAUUCUGGAUAAUAAAAUCGGCUUCUUUAAGUUGAAAAAGAUUAAAAGAUUAAAAAUAGGUUGUCAUUGGUAACCGUUUUUAUUUAUUGUUUUAAUCUUUGUUAACAAUCAUUGUUGUCAUGGAAACGCACAUUAUUGUAAUCAUUAUACCAUAACAAUGUGACGUAUAUAUUGUUAACAAAACAACAUUAUCAACUGAAAUACGCGCAGAAUCGUUUUUUCGUUAGCAAUGGUUUAUCGUUGUUUGCAGAUAGUAAUAUACAUUAAAUUCCCGUCUGUAUUCCCUACCUUCCCAAUUUCCCACAUACAACAGUGGUUGCACUCAUUUGCGAAGUAUGUCCGUCCUUUUUUUUUAUAAUAUUCACAGGAAAGAGAUAAAGAUUAAAUAUUUAUAUUUUGAUUAAUUUUUUAUGCUUUGGUAAAAAACUUAAAAAGUACUUUUUAUUUUAUGGUUUUAAAAAAAAUUAAAGAUAACCAUUUCAUAGAGUUUAUUCUUCUGAAAAUACUUUUUAUUCUCAUUAUAUUUAUAAUUUGUGAUUUAUGAUUUUUGUUCAUAGUUCAAAAGUUCAGAGAAAAAAUUGUACAGUUAAUUAACCCUAAUAAAAAUAAUCAAUUAGCGAAUGAGAUUACGGACUGCUGUAAUAUAUACUUUUCCGUGAACUAAAAAAAAUUAUUAAAAAUUACGAAUUUAAUGAAAAUAUAAAGUUUUUUACCAAAACAUAAAAUUGUAAUUAAAAUAUAAACAUUUGUAGUCCUUAUUUCUGCGAGUAAUAUCGAGAAAAAAAAACUGAAUUUAAUUAUUUUUACUAUCUCAAGAGAUAUUACAAUGGGUAUAUCUUCGUGGGACAUCCUGUUUAAUAUAUAAUUUAUAGAGUUGUGAAUUUAUGCGUUAAAAAACUAUUAAAUAUACAAAAACCUGCGCUUAUUUUUCGAAAAUAUGCAAAAAUAUGUAUUAAACAUAACUUUUUGUGUCAAAUAUAUAUUAUAAACAUAAUAUUUAAUCGUAAUUGCAGUUUUAAUUGUAAAUGAUUUAAUAUUUUAAAUUUUUAUUCCAUUUGGUAUCUAAUGUAUGAUAGGCACGAAUGGUGAUACUGUUAUACUCAGACGUGGGCAAUGUUCAGCAAUAUCAGAUAACAACACUAGUUAAAUACCCGAUUAAAAAUAGAAUAGUUUCCUCGAAACAAUAAAAGUUAUAUUUUACAAAAAAUAUAACAAUAAAAAAUAUAUAUAUUUUAAACAAAAACAUUUAAUGUCAAUUUAGAUCAGAUUGACCGGAAAAAUAUAAUCAUUAAGUAAAAAAACAUUAAUACGCAGAAAUCGUGAAAACAUGCAUUCAUACGCCCAAUACAUUAGAGAUUUCGUAUUUCAGUUGCACAAAACAAAAUUUCAAACGAAUCAAUUUUCUUAUUACGAUGUAUCAACAAAAAGAAAUACGCAUAUCCAUUAAAUUCACAACCUUAUAUUAAUUAACGCUAUGUUUUAAUUUUAAAUUAUUUGUGUCCUUCAGUUAUAAAUCGUGUGAAUCAUAGCAAAAUAUCCCCGGGAAUAAUUCGUUUUUCCCGAAUACGAAACCAUGAAAAUAAUUUCCUAAUAAGAAAAUCUCCGACACUAGAAAGCCUAUUUAUACUGAGAUAGUGAUAUCAGAAUAUUAUAUUUCUUAGUGAAUUUCUUGUGAGUGGCCACUUCUUCCUCAUUUAAAAAAUGUUCAUGAGCACAUAGACCAAACCUUCCACAUGCAUUUUAAAUGAUAGUAUUUCCUUUGUAUAAAAAAAUAUAUACCUUUAAUAUUUUGUUACAAAAUCAACUAAAUAUCUAUUCAAUCAAUAACCAUUUUCUAGUUGAUUGGCCUUACAGCAAGCAAAAUCUCCCCUUAUCGUUGGGUGUCCAACUGACUUUUUACUGUGUGACUCCAUUUGGACACAUUCACCUCCAUAAGAAAUUCGCUGACUUGAACUCGGUAUUGAUUGAACAUCCGUCUUGUAUUCACGGACAAACUUAUUAUGCCAGUAUACAUUACAAUAUAACUAAUGUAUUAUCUAAAGAAUAUUGUACAAUUGCGACGAAAUUAAUUUUGUUGCGAGACUUUGAAUCUUAACGUUAAUAGUUAUACCAUACAAUUAUUAUAUUGUUUUUAUAUUGUAUUAUUAUGUUAUAUAUUAUAACGAUGUUUUAAACUAAUAUAUUUUAAUAUGUUUAGGCUUUCUAUCGCCACCUGACACUGUAGUAAAACUUCGGUAGAAAUACAAUAUCAACUUGGUAUAAUAAAGAUAAUAAUUCCGUGACGAUAAAACGUAUUAAAUAUAAGCAGCAGAUAUCUGAGUUCUCUAUUCACUUUUGUUAUAAUAUAGGUACUAAACUAAUACGUUAGAUUAGUGACCCCCACGCGUCAUACUUCUUAUCGGUGUUUAUCAAGGACGAUAAUCGGACCAUUUGGAUCAAAACAAUCGAAUGGUCCCAUUAAAAUCGCACGUAAAAUCUUUUAAAACGUUUAUAUUGUUCUCAAAUGUGAAUACUAACGAACUAAAAUGUUAUUAUUUCAAAUGAGACUGUUUUUAGCAAUAAAACAAUUAUCCGAUUUGUCAAAAUGUAAAACUUGUGAAUUUUCAAGUAACGUUAAUUUUAAAUCCCAUUUGCACGUACAUUUGUCUUUGUUCUGGAUCCAAUUUUAUGUAUUUCAGAAGAAUUGCUAUCACAUAAUAGAAUGACGUUACACACUAAUCGCGAAUAUUUUUAUUUUAUACAGUUACCGUUUCAAGCAGUUUUAGUGUUGAUAUAAUAUUUGUAGUAUAUUAUAUAAACUUGACCAAUUUUGCUAAAUGGACUGUUUUUAAUAGAAAAAAAAAAAAAAAAAUCGUACAUCAAAGUAGGCUUGAUAUCGACAGUUGAUUUGAACGGUAAAAAAAUAAUGAUAAAAUUAUGGGUUGGGGAUAUUUUUCCCGUGUUUCGUCCUCGGGGGAGGGGGGAUUUUCAUUCCGAACACCAUCCGUAUAAUAUAAGUACCUCUGUGUAUUUUUUUUCUGUUCGUGUUUAUUGAUAAAAUAACUGUGAAUAUAACUGUGACGGAAUUUGUUAGUCACGUGUAUACAUAUACAUGAUAUAGUAGUUACUAACGUAAGACGUACGCAUUUAUUUUUUCUGUUUAGGAGGUAGGGUACGCACCUAAAUUAUUAUCAUUAUAUUGUUUUAGUAUUGAAAUUGCGUUAUUGGUUAGAUAGUUAUUUUCGUUUUCGAAUCGAUAAUAUUAUUAUUAUUAUUAGAAGUACCUACAACGGCUUUUCGUUAUAAAUUAUAUAGUUGACCCGCGGCGUGAAAAAUUCCCAUUCAAACAUCGAUUUUUAACCUUUGAUUUUUAAACAAAUAAUGGACCGCGCGCAUUUCUGAAUCGUCGGUAGAGGGGAGGAACGUAAUCUGUAAAAUGGUACCUCGUUUAUCGAUUUUGGUCGAGUACAAAAGCUAGAGAAACCAAUCGUCCUCACAAAAACUCGCCUUUUACAAACAUAACAAUAUAAGAUAUUCAGCCCCGUUCUCACCAACGUAAACGUCGAUUUUUAAACCGGGUCCGUAUGAUAAUCAACCAAUCGUGAUCGGUUAUCAGACAUAAACUCGGUUUAAGAUACAGAUAAACGCCCUUUUUUUUUUUUUUUACAUCGGUGAGAGCGGGCCUUAAUAUCUUAUAAUAGUUUUUCGUUAUGGGUUUAACGGUCGUAAUACAUUAAUAUCCAAACGUUUGCGUCGGUUAUUCUUCGUUUGAUUCGGGAAUAUUAUUUGUUUUUACUCGAUACGUAUGUUUUGUUCGAAAAUUGAAUUUUCGUGUUGAAUAUUACCUCCGGCCACGUGAUAUAAAGCACCCACAUAAUAAUAUAAGUACGUUUACAUUUCUGCGGUUUUUACAUUACAGGCGUUUUACAUUUUUCCUAAGUUAAUACGAAACGCAAUAUUAUUACCUUAUCGUGUACUAAAUUACACGUUAUGUUGUUCAAUUGCUUAAAUUGAAAUUAUUUAAUCGGCGACAAUAAUAAUGUAUAGUAUGUAAUAUAUACAAUUGUCAGUUGUCGGCCAGCCCGAUAUUUUAUUACUAUAGUGGAAUCGAUUAAUUUUUGUCAAUUAUAUAGAAUCUGUAACCGUAAUGUUAACGUUUCGGUUAGGUUCUCCCGGGCUAUACAGGGUUGCCAACUUUUUGUUCUUAAAUUAACGUAUGUACACAAAUGUCACUCGAUUUGUUUUUUCCUGAGGACGUUCCGGUUUUUCAAUAAAAGUUCUAUGUUUUGUUUUCGCUAAGUUUUUAUUUGUUCUAAAAAUGUUGUUAAACGCGAGCAUUAAAAAAAAAAACCAACGAAUCGAAGCCUACGAUGAUAGUCGAUAAUUAAUAACAAGAGUGUUUCAGACACUCGACGAAUCAUAUCUUACAUGUUAUUUAUCGUAUUAAUAUGAUAGUUGUUAAAAUCGAAUUUAAAAAAAAAAAAAAACGUAUUUUAACGCAUACUAUCUAAAUACUUUUGAACGUUAUCUACUAUACAUUGUCGUUAUUACCCGUGUUGCGUAUACGAUAAUUAGACACGAUAACGACUAAUAAUCGUAGAAUUGCCGUAUUUCUCCAAAAACGAAUCUCUCGUAUUUCAACUAAAACGAACACGGUUUAUGCGCACACAGUGUAUUCGUGUCUAUAACGUAAAUACAUUUUAACGGCCACUAUGGCGUGUGUGUAUGUGUGUACGCGCGCGUUAAAUACAAGGACCGUUGUCUUUUUUUUUUUUCGUUCGGGUACCCUGUAACGGGGCGGUGGCCCGUUAUGUCGGUGUAUUGCAAACGGUCCCGUUGUCCGGGUAACGGGAUCCGGGCAACGGUAUACACCGCAUAACGGCGGCGGCCCGUCGUCGUUAGUGGCGGCGGCGGUUCGUCGUCGUCGUCGUUGUAAGCGGCGGCGGCAUAUUCUCUCUCCUAGCUCGCACGGACCAAAACGCCACCGAACCGCUGACGACGGUCAACACCGUUAUGACCCGAUCUUUAGGUCCGGAGGUGGUUCACACUCCGUUUGGUCUGUCCGUUCUUUUUUUUUUUUCCAUCGUCUGCCCGAAUUAAAAAACGUAUUCCAUUAUAAUAAUAUUAUACCGGUAUCGGUUAAAUUCUAUCUGAUCAUUUUCCAACCAGAUAUUCAAUGUUCGAAACGUCCGCGUAGGCGGUUUACUGUUGUUCGAAAUAAUACCAAAGUACACGCCUAAUAUAAUAAUAGUAGAACGUUACUUUUCGUUGGGUAUUUUAUCGGCGACGUCUUGGUUGUUUUGUCCGUGGUCGAUAUUAAUAUUUCGUACGGAUUCUCACGUUAUUCUUUAUAAUUUAAAGAAUACCGGGGGGGGGGAAAGCCUCCUAACUAUAAACUUGUUAAUAAAUUGAGAAUAUAGGUUGUUUUUUUUUUUCAAAACCUCGAUACCUAAUUGACCCCCGAUAUUUUCGGGAGGGGGGGGAAUUGUCUUUAAUAUCUCUAGAACGUGAACAAAGCGUUUAGAUAAUCGGGUUUUCGACCGCUACGGGUAUCGGUUUUAAUUAUCGGAUAUCGAAAAAAAGCACAUGUCGGUCCACCACCCUGCUAUAGUAUUUAUCGUACGCGUUAUUAUAUUUAGGACCGUUCAUAGAUGGAUUUUCUAAAAAUCUAAAUUUCGAAUAUUAACGCGAGCAAAACGAUCCCAACCAGUAAAUCCGGGAUAUUAGAUAAAUAUCAUGUACAUUAUAUAAUAUAAAGAUUCCUAAUAAAAAUACAGGUACCUGUGUCAUAUUAUUUUUAUCUUUAGUUGUCUAGGGCUUUCUCCCCUCUUACGUUUUAAACGGUACACAUUGAUCGAACCCAAAUUCGAGUAUUCGACCUUUCUGUACUCAAAUUAUUGACCUACUCUGGUAUUUCGGAGACUAUUCGAGGUCAAACCUAUCGCCGGUGUAAUAAUUAGUCACUCGGGCAUCAACAUAUCAAUAUGUAAUGACAAGGACUGGAUGAGAUUAUCCAGCCUGAAAAAUGUAAAUUGUUUACUGACUUUCAGUUUUUCGGUGAAAAAAUACACCAUCAAAUGAUAAUCGGUUACAUCUAUAAAAGUUUACAUUAAAAUUCGCCUCUCAUGAUAUCAUACCACGCAUACUCGUUAGUCACCACUCAGAUUUAGUAAAAUAAAUUAGAAAUUAUGUAUCGUCGACUUCUUAGAAAACCUCGUAAGUGGUUUUUUUUUUGGGUGGGAUCUUUGAACAACUUACUUAUCUAUCAAAAAUCUUGUUCUUAUCAAAAGCUGUAUAGGAACUUUAUUGUUGAUUAGGUUAUGUAGCAUUUUUGGUAAGGUUGAUCUAUUAUGGAGGUCAUCUUUUGAUUAUCCCAGUACUUUUGUUGAUAAACGUUUUCUUGUCUCAGAUUUGCAAAAUUAAUUAAAAUCUACUUACGAAGUUUUGCUCUGUAUCCGACGAUAUUAUAUGGACUGCAAUAAUGUUUACUACACAGAGAACAACUAACAAUACUUGUGAUUCGUUGCAUAAUAAUUUAAACACCUGUAUAUCUUUAGAUGUAUUUAAAUUUGCAAAAUUACAUAAAUAUUUUAACACAAUUUUCUAUUGUUCUAAUAAAAUUUGUGAGACAGGCAACAAAUACAAUUAAAUACAAUAUUGACGGAUAAGUACCUUAGUUUAUGGAACAAAUAAAAUCGAAUCAAAUUACAUCACAUUAAAACGUUAUCGAAUUAAUUUUAAACUUAUCAAGUUAAAAUAAUUAAUUUUGUUUAAAUUGUAAUAUUUUGUAAUUAUGCGACAUUAUUGAUAUUUAAUCAGUCAUUAUACAACGGUGUUUUUCUAUUUUAAUUUUAUCAUCUACCCAGUCUCUUUUCGUAGGUAUCAUUUAUAAUAAAUUAUAAGUAUAAGAAUUGUCUGUGGAAAUUCUCGUAGAAGAAGAUUAUCUAUCUGAAGUGGGAAACAUUUGAGUUAACGUAUUUUUUAAAAUCGGUAGGUAAUUCAAGUAUCCUUUAAUAUUGUUAUUAAUUUUCAUUGUGUAAAUGUUCACGGGAAGCCAUUCGAGUGUGCCCGUUUUAAAAGCUAAUUGAUGCUCACACUCUUUAUUGUUCAUGAAAUUAACAUAAAAUCCCUACUUAUAACCUCAGUUGUUGCAGUAAAAUCGACUUCACUUGAAGGUUUUUUUUUCGCUCUCUAAGAAUAAAUUGUUGACUGCAUUCUACACAAUAUUAUUAUUACGAAUACUAAAAUAAACAUGAAUAAUUGUACCGAAAUACAGUAUUCAAUUCGAGUGCACUAUAUACCUUAUUAUAACACAAUUAAUAUUUUCUGCGGUACGUGUACAAAGUUAUAAUUUAUUCGGGUUUUAAAGAAAAAAUUUAAAAAAAUAAACCCGCGUUCAAUGCAGCAAUAGAUGUUACGGAUAGGACAUUUUAUUACUUAUUUUUCGUCUCCAAGUAUAUUGUUCAUUCGAUUGGUACAUUGAUACCUAUUUCAUGAUAACUGACUUGUUGUGUUGCACAAUAUUAUCGUUGAAUAACGUGCGUUAUUAGACAAUAUUUUCAAUGGAUAUUAUUUUUGUUAUUUAAUUCGUACCGACGAACUGGUCUGAAAUGAAAUAAAAAAAAAAGAAGCUUUUAUAACAGUAAAAAUUUAAAACAAUAGAGGUAGGUACCUAUCCUAUACGUGAUAUUUUUUUAUCGACGACAUAUUCGUUAUAGAAUUCGGAUGAGCCUGUUAUUAUAAUCUAACGCAAUAAAUAUUGUCUAUUAUUAUAAUAUUUAUGUGGCCGCCUCCUCCGCGUAGUUUCCACAACUAUGCAUUUUUUUUUUCUCUACAAAACUCGGCCCGACCGUGAUAUUAAUAUCACCUCGGGCGGAAACAGGAGAGUGGGUAUGGACUAGAGAGGUUUAGCCCCCGCCCUGAACAACCUUUGUUAUUCAUUUACAAUAAUUUUAUCGUUUUACCGAAUUAAAUGAUUCAUAAUAUUUUAUUCUAAUUAUUAUUGCCGAGCAAGAACCCACGUUCUUUGGAAUUGCAUUUCUACAUAAUAUAAUCAUAAUAAUAUGACACUACGUUAUGAUAAUGUUAUAUUGUUAUGUCUUUAUCUCGGUGUAUUUUCUAAAUUUAAACUUGAAAGUAUUUAUUUUGUUUAAAGUAGUAUUACUAAAUGUCACUAUAAAACAAUACGUCUUGUUUGUGGCCAAGGUCAAACGUAUUUUUUUUUUUCAAACAGAAGAUUAAAAAGUGUUUUUUUCUCCAUUCGUAAAAUAUUAUAAUUUUGUUCGGUAGGUGCAUACCGAUACGAAUUCAAAUUUAAUUGGGUAUACAGUGAAAAUGUGUAGUUUUUCAAAAACCUUCCUCCCAAUAAUUACAAUAAUUGCAACGUUGUUUUAUUCAAAUGUUUUUUGUGUUCGGUCGCUUUUUUGUGUGUACGUUAAAAUAUAACACUAAUAAUCGAUUGGGUAAAUUAAUAUUUUUAUCGGAAAACAAAAAAACAAAACAAAACUAUUUCAUAUACAUACUACGUACACUGCCCGUAUUUUGGAGUAUAAUUUAACUUGAUUUACUUUUUUUUUUUUUUUAUAUAUAGUUUGUUUACGUUUAUUUGUAACAUAUUCUUUUCACGCUUUUAUUGCAUUACCUAUUGUAUAAAUAUUAUUAUUUUUUUUUUUACAUAUUAUAUAGGUAUAAAUCACAACUUAUACCCACUUUUAGCUAGGUAUUCGACGUAUGCGAGAACAAAUGCGCGUGUAUGUUAUUAUUAUUCAUAAUUAUUUGUUUUUUUUUUUUUUUUUUGUAAAUUAAGCUUGCUAAAACUCGUUGUAUAGGUUUUGUGUUUAAAAAAGUGGAUCAGCGCGUCGUGCGUUGCGUUAUUAUCCGUUCUAGAUAUACGGCCCGGCAAAGCGAAUCGCGUGGUUUUCGUGCGUGCGCGGGGGUGAUGGGAGGGGGGAACCGCAGAUUUUAUUUUUUCAUUAUUAUUAUACAAACACAGUGUGUCCCAAAUAUGCGCGUUCGGGGUUUUUGCUUUUUUUUUCGUUGUUUUCUGCAGAUGGUUUAUUUUUUUUCCCGUACCGUUUAGACCAAAAAUAAUCACAAAAUACAUAUCACAAUACAUUAUAUCGCAUUUAGACGCACUAAACACACAUUGUUAAUACACAGCGCGUACCUACGUUUUACAAGAUAAAAUACAAAUGACAUAUUUACAAAAAUUGGGCGGGCCGUCUUCUAAAAAAAAAAACCGGGCGUCGACCUUAUCAGAGGGAGACCUUGUGAAUCCAGGACCACACCCUGCCGAUAACGUUUUUUUUUUUUUUUUAUUAAUAACAAUAACCGUCGCACUAUAUAAUAAUAUUAUAUUAUAUCAUUACGUUACAGUGUCACUGUAGACGAUAUAUUUUUUUUUUUGUGCGCACAAACUGCCGUGCGGCUCUUAAUAAUAAUCGUGGUGUAGAAAAAAAAAAACACCCGUUUAUCUUUUUUCAUACGCUGACUUCAAAAAUACCUAAGCGGUGUUAGUUAUCGUAACAGUAAUAAUAAUAAUUUGAUUUUUUUCGUUUGUUCUUAUUAUAGGUUCAGAGACCGGAGCAAAGCGUGAUGCAGGCGUUGGAAAGUUUGAACGACUCUCAGGUAAAUACUGCUGCAACAAUCGUUAAUAAUAUUGUCGUUGUUUGUUUUACUAUAAUGCCCAAUAAUAAUAUGCAAUACUUUCGACGUUACAAACUAUUCUUAAUGUUAUAUUUUUUUUUUAAACGACGUCGCCGUUAAAAUUUAUUAAAUCGCAUUGUUCACUAUACGAACGACACGAAUUAUUCGCAAAAAUUAAUCGUAAUUUUAUUUUUUAAAUUAAUUAAAAAGACGCCACACCCGCGCGUGAUGUCUCGCCGUAUCCGUCGUGUACAUAAUGACCACCGGCAUAGCACACAUUAUUCGUUUAAUACAGGGACAACUUUGUGCUGUUGUUUUUAACGAAUAUUGGUCUAUUAUCAAUUUCGAAGAUUAGAACGUUAUCUGCGCAACUACGUCGUUUUUUUUAAAAACAAAUUUUUAAGCGAGAUACGAGUACUUUAAAUAUCGCAAUUUCAAAAACGCUCAAAAAAAAAAAUCUACAUAGUCACGCAGAUAAUGUUCUUAUCUUUCGGGUUGGUCGUAUAGGUCAGUUCGUUACUCUAAUAUUAAAACUAACGGCGCAAAGUCGUCCCAGCCGAACGGAAAUGCGAUGCGUUCGUAGACACAAAACGGCACAUGUGGCACGCGUGGGCGUGGCGUCCUCUUAAGUGUACUGGUAUUUUUGGGCUACAUCAUAUUAUCAUUAUUAUUAUUAUGCGAACAUGACGUACAUAACAUAUUGACGUUUAUUUCUUCCUUUUUUUUUUUCGAAACAUUAUUAACAGAUAAAAUUCUAUUAAUAAAUUAUAUUUCUGUUUCCUUCGGCAUUGGGAUCGACAUACUCGUAACACACAGCCACGCAGCGAUACGAACUGUCGCUUUGUUAUUUCUCCGAUUAUUUUUUAUACACGCGAGUCGCGAUAAUUAUUGGGAAAUUAUGUAUUAUGAUGAACGGUCUGUACAGUUUUCGAUAACAUUGAGAUAAAAACUACUUCCUGCGUAACUCGUCUCAUUCGGAAUAACGAUUCGUCAACGCUCACAUCGCACACAGCCACCGAUUUUAUCGCUAACAUAUUAUUAUUAUUAUUAUUAUCAUCAUCAUCGAUUAGUUUGUUUGUAUUAUUUAUGACAUACACGCGCAUUGUCAGAAUUGUUUUUUUCGCCUUUGACGGCAACAACGCAACGUACGUGGUGUGUGUGUGUGUGUGUGUGUGUGUGUGUGUGUGUGUGUGUGAAAUUGUACAUUUGUACUGCGCGAUUCGUUUAAAAUUUCUCACGACAAAAAUGUAUAAUAUAAUAUCAUAACGUGUAACCGAGUAUGUUUAUUAUUGUAGAUGUAUUGUGACGACUCCUGAUUUUUGGGGUCGAACCGAGCUCGAGGCAUACUUUUGUUAGACGAAGUUCAAAUCAAUUUAAAAAACAAUUUACGAGUGUUGAUAAAAAAUAAAAAAAUAAAAAUGUCUUCAUUUAAACGAAUAAGUAGACCGUUUCAUUUAUGUAUCGUAUAUGGCUAUAUUAUAAUAUGUGGCAAUUACUUUAAGUAACCGACCGAAGGGUCUGUUCGAUUAUAAAAUUAAUUAUGUUAUUCGUCACACAUUCGAUGUAUAAACGUAUUAAAAUUAGAAAAAAAAAAAAAACAAACAGCGAUAUAGUAAUACGGAUUAAUACAUUCAUUAUUCAUUUAUAUCGUUUUUCCGCGACACUAAAUCGUACUAAAUGAAUCCGAAUUAAAAAUAAUGCGCGGUUAAAAAUACCGUGCGAGAUGUAAAAAUAGACGUUCUCGCGUAGUAAGCGAUUAAACUUUCGAGUCGAAAGAGGUUAAUGCAAAUCGAUAAUGCGCACUAGUGUUAUUACUAAACACACCGUGCGUCGUUCGAUCAUCGACGACUAAAUUGUGUCCGUAUAAUAUCAGAACAAACAACGCGGACGCAUAAAUUAUUAUAAUGAUAAAAUAUUAUUUGAUUUCCGCAGGUCAACGAUUUCCUAUCCGGCAAAGCACCGUUAAACCUCACGAUGAGACUGGGCGACCAUAUGAUGCUCAUCCAAUUACAAUUGUCCACCGUGUCGUCGUCGGGGUCGUCGAAACGGCUGCAGACGGCAGCUUCGACCGUGGCCAGCACGGGUACCGCGGCGUCCGCUUUGAGCGCUUCGACCGUGGCUCCGGAACCGCCCCCGCAGGCCACCGCCACGGCUGCUACCGCGUGUUCGGCGGGCAACAUCAUCGGCACCCCUAGACUGAUACCCGGCGUGGACGCUUACCCGAUCACCCGCGUCCGUAACGUGUCCGACGACAGCGACGACAACUCGAUGGAUACGACGGAGGACGCGCCGCCCGAACGUUCAAUGACGCCGCCGACGCCCGCGCCCGCGCCCGUCGAACAGGCGGCACCCGCCGCGACACCCCCGGCGCCCGCGACGGCGUCUUGUUCGUGCGACGCGAGCACGUCGACCGCGUCCACCACCACGGCCGCGGCCGCGGGCGACAAACCGCAACUGGACACCCGGGCGCUGGCGGAGGCUUCCCGGAAUCUUACCCAGACCCUGAAACAACUGUCCUCGGAAGUGCUCACCACGAAAAGCGGUUCCAAAGAAGUGAGUGUUCGCGGAUUUCGCGUAAAUAAAAUACGGCGUUUGGGGGGGGGGUGUAGGGGGAAGGGGAAACGAGAAAAACGUAAUGAACGCGACGACGAUAUAUUAUUAUAAUGUCGUAUACCGUCGUCGUCGCCGGGGGAACUUUUCAUUAUUCGCAGUGGCGGUCGAAUAUCUAAAAUUAGCGCGUGUCGUUCCGACGACGGCGCGCGCCCAUUCGAUAUUUCGGGCGGAUUGAUUCUGACGAUUUUCAUGUGCCGCCCCGGACGUCGUCGUGUCGUCAUAUAAUUAUUAUCGAUUGUCGCGUGGGCGGCAACGUUGCUGAAUCCGGCAACGCAGGGGCCCCGGGGUAUAUAUACUAAUUCGGUCUCGCGUCCCGAGGGUUAUUAUGAUCAAUGCGUCGCCGUCGUACCACGGCCGCAGCAGCAGCAUCCGCGCGCACACGCGCGCGGGCGCGGCGAACCGCCGCCGCCGCCGCACACACGGACGGGAAAAAAGUUUCGUGUCGCCGGCGACGAUUGUCGACGUUGCCGUUCACUCGUUUCUCGUUCACGUACUAACCCAUGCCGCCGCCGCCGCCGUCUUUGUGAGCGGCGCGUUGUGCGUAUAUAAUAUUAUUAUAAUACACGUAUACUACUACUACUACUACUACUACUACUACUAUUAUUAUUAUUGCUAUUACCACUACUACUACAACACACACGUCCGAUGACCUCAAUUCCAGGUGAAAUACGGCCGAGUUUCUUUGCACGACCGAAUUAAUAAACGUUGUAUAGAAACGAAAGAUAGCGCGUGGUGUUGCGCGUGAAAGAGACACGAUAUUUAAUAAUAAUAUAAUACGCGUACCCGAUUUUUAUAGGCAUUUACAAUAACACGACGUUUGUCCGUCGUACUGGUUGUUUUUUUUUUUCUGUGGUAACUUUUGGACUCCCCGUUCAGCGCAUGAUAUUAUUUUAAUAUAACGUGCGCGCGGACGCGUAUCGUUUGUUUUCGGUGUUUUUUUUUUUUUUUUGUUUUCGUAUUUUCGGUCUCGCGUGCGUAUGCACGCGAAAACGUUAUGCGACCGCGGCCCCGGCAGAAUCCGGGUAUUCCCGUAGCCGUUCGCGCGGGGCGUGGUUGGGCCGCCACGGUGAAAUCGACGUCAUAUUGAUCACGCGGGAGGUCGCUUAUCACAAAGGCCCCGGGCCGGUGCGACCUUUUGUGUUGUGUGUAUAGUACUCGCGUUGCUAUAUAUACGCACGCACACACGCAUAUAUACCUUGUUUUCCAUUGAUCGGCUCUCUCUGACCCGACACCCCCCCCCACCUUCAAUUUCUACGUUUAAACGCCGAAAACAAUAAGAAUUGUGUGUGUGUGCGCGCGCGCGCGCGCUCUUGCAUAUUAUCCUGUGUAAUAUUAUGUAUCCGUCCCGAUUCGAAUGCAAAUUUCUUUAGCUUUUUGAUAUACGUACUGUUUAUUACGCAGGUACCGCCAUAUUAUAAUGUUUAUUAUAAAUUAAGAGCCGCGCAUUUUCAACGCAUUAAAAAAAACACAAACAAACCUUGAAAGCGUCUCGAAAUGCGGCGUGAUUAACGCGAUAAACGCAUUUGAAAUUCCGUAAAAAACGCCGGAAUGUAAUUUUGUCGACAAAUGCGUAUUUUAUAUUAUCGAAUCCAUAUUAUGAUAAAUCGCAAUGUAUUUUUAAUGCCGUAAUCGCUCCGUGUAUGAAAAGUCGUAGAACAGUCGUCAGAUUUGUGAAACGCAGUGGUGUUUGUUCAAAAACGGAAUAAUAUGUAAAACAAAAUGUUCGUCAUAUUUUGUAAAUCCGAACUUUAUUCCUUUUUUACCGUAAACUAUACCGUUUUGGACAGUUAUUUUUACGCGUAUCCGGGACGCUAUGGAUUUUAUGGUGUGUUGUUUUUUUUUUUUUUUUUUUUUAUUUUACAUUUUAUAUAUACAUACAAUACAACGAAAACAUCGUCGGGUUUUCUCCGGUCCGGGAUUUAUAUAAAAACCGUACACGCCGUUCUAUACCUACUGUUAUAAUGUGCCUCCAGCGGACGAUUCGGAAAACGUAACCGUAAACGAGAUCCGUGUUUUACGGUACUCGGCGUUCCAGUUGGCCGGACAACGGUGUCUGGUAACUGUGUCGAUUCCGCCGGGGCCGCCUCGGAUACGCGUAAAAAAUAAACUCUACGGCAAAUAGAGCGGACCGAACACACGGCCGGCGGCAAUCAAUAGGUACACCGAGCCGAGAGUACUACUUUCCCCUCACCCCCUCUACAAUAUCGCGGUACUAUUAUGCUAUACGGAUCUACUACUACUACCAUUACUAUUAUUUUUUUAUUUUUUUUUUUUUAUUUUACAUUUUAUAUAUACAUACAAUACAACGAAAACAUCGACGUCUUUUCUAUUUAUUAUUAUUAUUAUUAUUAUUUGGUAUAGGUUAAUAAUGCCUAUAUAUAUAUAUUAUAUUUUCUCUCGAUUCGUAUUUUAUUUUUUUAUUUUACUUAAUUCACGAAUGGGGGAGGGCGAACAGGACGCGCCGUCGUUUACAAUAAUAUAUUACGAGUAUGUACGAAAUCGUGCAAAAAUUUCAUCCGAAUACAAUAUGAUAUUAGAUAUUGUAUAUGUUUAUAUGUACAGUAAAUAGAUACCGAAAAUAUAAUUUAUUGAUAAAACUUUAUAAUAUCCACACGUUCCUUGUGUAUACGUCCCGUCGUAUUAUACGAGUAUAACCUGAAAACAACAGACGAGUAAUAAAUAAUUUAAAACAAACGGUUUGAACACGAAAUAUCGUAUUUGGCAUUUUGUUCUUUGAUUAUCAUAUUGUCAUCAUCGAUUUUUCUUUAGCAUGCGAUAAUGCACUUAUAAUAUUAUUUUAUAUUAAAUGUGUUUUUGACUCUUGGUUGUACAUUAUUGUUAUGUAUAGGUUCUAGGAUAUUAUAUAUGAACGUAUUUUUCUCCUUAAAAAUAUCAAAUCGGAAUUAUGCGUUUAAUUAAAAAUACGAGACAGAAUAUUAUACCGAAUACGAAAUGUUUUAUUCAUCGUGGGGUCACGUGAAGGGGUUGUUAAUGGACAACGGUCCAGUGGGCGUCGUCCGCCCGACGUCUCUUUCCGUCAUCCCCCUCGUGGCAACCGACUCCUACGCGUCGUCGUACCCAACACAACAUAGUAAUCUUUGCUCCACGUGAAUCAUAUUACUAUAAAUAUGUAUUAUAAUAUAGUAUACAUAUUUAUAAUAUAUACUAAGACGAGAAUAAAUUAUUUAUGUAUAUAAUAUAUUAUGGUGGUGCCAUAUGAAUAACAGUUUUUUUUUUGUUAACUAAACCUUUUUUAUACUAUCUACAUUCUACACCCGACCAUCGGUCGAACGUGUACCAUAAUAUGACGUAUACUUGUUUACAUUAAUUAUCUUAUAUUCGAUUAUUGUUAUUAUGCGUCGACGUAGGCCCAUCACAAUAACAUGAUUUGUUUGAUUUAAUGGUUAUAAAAAAGAAAAUUGUUUUGUGGGGUUUAGAAACGGUUUUUCUAAUUUUCACCAAUUCCAGUGAAAUUUAAAAAUUAUCGUUAACACUGUUAUCGUGAUAACUUAUCAUUCGUUCACUUGGCAAGUCUUAUUAAUUAUAAGACUAAUCGUUCGCUAUAGUCUACGGUCCGAUACCAAUCUCAAGUGGCAUGGAUACCUUCGAUUUUAUUCGAAUUGCAUUUUAGAUCGUUAGGCGGUUGACAUUUAGACGUACUCAUUGUUAUUUGUUCUCAGUCUUUGAUUUCAAUUUUAGAUUCUGAGCGUAACGAAGAAUAUGUUAUAGUUUUACAAUAAUGUUUAAUUUUAUUUUUUUUAACCGUGAACAACUUUUUUACCAGAAAUUUUCCUUCUAUUUUCAUGUAUAGCACUUUUUCUGAUAAGAAAUCUGUCUAGAGUGAUACUUAACAAAGGUCACUUUUUGAUUUUCCCAGAAGCUUUCAUUAUAAAUGAGAAAAACAGGAAAAUUUACGAAAUUUAAUAUUUUAAAAUCGUAAAUAUUAUGGCCUUUUAAAGAUUAUUUAUAACUGAACUUCACUUAGAAUCGUUUUUCGUUAACAAUAAUCGGACGUUGCGUACAGAUACAGAAUACAUUAAGUUUCUAUCUUCCCAACUUUUCACCUAAAACAAUGGGGCCCAACCAUCGUGCGAAGUAUAUCCGUUUGUUUUUAAAAAAUGUAUUAUUUUGGGUGUGUUAAAAAAUGUUCUAAGUUAUUUAGAAAGUCGAUAUUUUAAUUUAAAAUUUGGCUUGUCCAAAAUGGAUACACAAAUGUAAUGCGGUUAUUUCACGGAAUUUUCAAAAAAUAAUCUGAAAAUCUAAAAACUUUUCCCUUAAUAACUUAGAAAGUAUAUCAACAAACACAUCAGGCUUUAAAAAUAAAAUCGAACAUUAGGGAGUUAUGAUGUCUGAUUGGCAAUUUUCCACCGCUUAUUUGUCUAAAACAUACGAAAAAUAUAGGUGUGUUUGAACCCCCUUAAUAUAUCGUUUACAUUUUAAUAUCAAUGACAUUAAUCUUGUUUAUCGGUAUACAGAACAAGAAAAAUCAAUUACAGGGUAGGAUACUACAAAAAGGCUAUAUUCGUUUAUUUAUUAGAUAAACGUGUCGCUCCUCUGUCUAUAUAUUGUAAUAACAUUACUAUUACUUAAAAAUCACCGACAGGUUGACUUGGAAAUAACAAAAACGGUUUUAAAUAUAAAUAUAAAAACGCAACAAAUAAAAAAAUCCAUUAUUUUUCCUGAGCCUAAGUAUUAAAUAUUACGAUUUUAUAUAAAUACUGAUGACUAUAAUACCCGUAUUAUAUUUUUCUGUUUGCUACUCCUAUUGCUAGCAUACAUAAAAUAAAGUAGCCUAGUAGUAAUUAACUUAUGUGUAAGACGUGUAAGCUUUUGGAAAUUGAAAUUUCAAAUUUUACUAUUAAUAGGCGUUGAAACCAUACAGCAGAUACAAAUUUAAAAAAAUAAUGGGUAGGUAUAUCGAAGGACUAAAAGUUGGCAAGUUAGUUCGAAAACCGACACUUCACGCACAUAUUAUAAAAUACUACUUAAUAACUAAUAAUCUAUAGCAGACCAACAACUAGGAUUUUUAUAAAUCUUUAUAGUCUCCAUAAGUCUUAUAAGACAUAAAAUACCCGAAGUUUUCGACAAUUCCGUGCGAACCGAAUUUUCAAUCUUCAUACAGCUCAUUUAAAACACGCAUCUACCUUAAAAUGUAUUCUUAGACAAUGAAAAUAUGAAAAAUUAAAAUAAAAACAAGAUACAGAAUAUUCUGCAGAGUAUUCGAUUUCUAAUACCCAUCAUAAUAUCUAUAAAACCGUGGCACAAUAGAAAUUACUACAAAUAGACCAAUUGGUUUCUCGUCCCACUCAGAAUCUAGAUUGUUUAAAAAUCCAACAUUUAUUAUUAUCGUAUUCGUGAUCGUAUAAAAUAAUAUGUACGUUUAUAAAGUGUAUAAAUUACAUAUGAUGUUUAACUGACAACUGUUAUUUUUUUUUACGAUUUACCCAAUGUUAUGUGUAUUUAAAUCGUUCAUUGGAUUCGAACAGUUUAAUAAUCCGUGUACAUAUAAAAGAAAAAAUUUUAUAUGUACACAUCGCAGACCUAAGGAUGAUUUAUAUUUGGAAAAAUGGCCAAAGUUUUUUAAACGCCUUAUACAAUUUUAAAGUGGUAUAAAUUCUCGUGAAACACAUAAUACUAAUAUGUAAAGUAUAUAUGCACACAAAUAGGUGUAAUACAUUAUAGUUUAUAAUAUAAUUUAUUAUAUACACUCGGUUUAUUAAGUAUGAAAAAUAAAAACGCAAUAGUAUAUGUGUUCUUUGUCUCGUGAAAUUAAUUACAACAUGUACCAGAUAGUAUAAUAGUGUUUUAUGUAUUAUCUGAACGCUGCAAAUAUUAAUAAAAUAAAAAUUUGGGUCAUUAUUACUAGUCUGCUGUAAUACUCGUUAUUAUAGUGUAGAAACGAAAACACAACAACUACGCGUCGUUUAUGUGAUUUAUUUCUUAUCUGAAGAAGUAUACGAGUGUAUAAUAUUAUUAAAAAAUUAAUAUUAAUAUUUGUACGAGUUCGACUACGUUGCCUAAAAUAUGUAUCACGAGUUUAUCAUCGUAGACAACACAACAACACUUAUUUUAAAACAGCGUUAUUGAUAAUUUCGUAUUAGAUUAUAUGGUCCAUACUGAUCAGAAUUUUUUUUUUUUUUACGCAAUACGUACUGAAUUAAAGUAAUACGUAAACCGUAUGUCUGAGUACAAAUGUAUGUAAUCUGUUUAAAACAUGUAAAAUAAUUAAUUUGGUUUUUUUUUAAAUUUGUUGAAUGUUAAAAUAUAGUGUUAAUAAUAUUAUCGAUGCACCUAUUAUAUUAUUAUUAUUAUUUCUGAUUUAAAACUGUGAUUGUGUAGCAUAUUAUACGAAUAGUUUGAAUUUGUAUCGUUUUAAAUCUGUGUACCGUUUGUAUAUUAUUUGUAUGUCUUCUGUAGGUUAAAUGUAUAGAAAGAGAACUCAGCACCGCAGGUGCACUUGAGAUUUAUAUAAGGAGAUCGUUAAAAUCCGUCAAAGCGAACGAAAUACGAGAGACAACAAGGGUACGACCCCGGAAUUGUCGUCGUAGUUCUACUCUUUUAAAUCUAAUUGUUUACGUUUAAAUUCCAACAUAUAACUAAAAAUAUGAUUACGUAUAAAGGUUCAAAAGGUGGCCAAAGCCAUAAGCAAUAUGAUGACUACUAUAAUAUAAUUAUAGUGGGUACUUACUUGUAUAUUAUAAUAUAAUAUGUGCGUACACGUUUAUCUUUUUUUUUAACACCCUAUUCGGAUGAAAAUAAAACGAACGGCCCACGGAUAUCGGAGAUACGGAUUUACUUACAACUCUACUAUCACUACACUUAUCUUUUUUUUUUUUUGGAUAUACUAAAAUUUAAUAUCCAAUUGAAUGUAUUUUUCAAUUCGAUUUUUUUGUAUUGACUUUUCUCCUUGAAAACAUAAUUUAUGUGGCCUACCUAAUAUAGUAAUAUAUACAAUUAUAUAUAUCUCCUAAAGAUCGUUGCUGCUCGAUCGAUUAUUUGCUGAUUAUUUUUGGCUUGUAUAUUAUUGGUGUGCAUUUUCUUUAUGUGUAUUUUUUUCCAUAGUUAAUUUUAAAUUCAUAUUAUUCCGUUUCACACCAUUAAUACCGUUUUAUUUUCCCACGGAAAUACCGUAAUAAUAAUUAUUACGAAUGACGAACUGUUAAUAUUUGUGUAACGUUUUAAAUGCCAGCUGUACAUAAAAUGUUUAUAAACUUUCCAUGACGUCAAUUCAAUCAUAUAAUAAUGAUUUUCACGACUGUAAAGUGUGUUUCCUAUUUCUUGAAUAUCACCUAUCAAUUUUCACUUGAAUCUAAAUCUUUCUGAAUUCUGUAAUUUAAAUUUCUUUUUUAAGUGUGCAGCGUACCUAAAAUAAAUUAAUAUUGUCGCAUGUUAUAAUAUAAUGUUGCUGUUAUAUGCGUUUUGACAUGUUCAUUCUCCGACAUAUACAGAAAAAUAUCCAUUUUUCAUUGGCCAUUACUCCUCGUUAUUCAAUAUACUAUUAUCACCGAGUAAAAUGAUUAAUUGAAUAAGCGUUUUCUUUGAUUAAUGAGUAUUUAUAACUGUAGUAAUUAAUAAAGAGUCAAUAUUGAAAUAUUCACCGAGUCUGGUAAAUAGACAAAUAUUGCCGUUGUGUAGAAUUAAGCAUUAUAAAUCGAUCAAAUAACGAAAAUAGAAUAUACAAACAUUUAAAUUUAUUACGAUAAUAGUUUUGCAUUAAUAUUCUAUACAUCAUCGUCUUAAGUAGACGUUAUACUCUCGUCUACUAACUCAGUCUAACUCAGAAGUAACGGGAAACGUAUAGUAAGGGGUACCUAGAACGUAAAUUGUGGCGUUUAGGUUGAAACUAAAAGUUUGAAUUGAAAAUUAAAAAGAAAAUUUUCCAACAGUAUGUAUACGUAAUUUUUUUCAAAAAAGUUUCAGCUAGGUAUUUAAAAAAAAAAUGCAUGGCUAUAACUUUUUGUAUGACAAUUUUUCAGGCAAAAAAACCAUGUACAACCGUUAAAAAUGUUCUCUUCUUUAUAUUUUGUUAUUCGUAUCCAGACUCUAAUUUAAACCUAAACGCCACAAUUUACUUUCUAAGUAAUUUUGCUAGGUUGCCCGUGUUAGUGUUUGACCGGGUCGGUACAUGCGGGUGUGGCGCCUCUAAAUAUGUCAUUGUGUGCAACCACAGUACUGUAGUGUAGUAUUAUAUUAUUUUGUGUCUAAAAAAAUCGUACAUUUAUCGAAAUUGUACGUACUAUAUUCAUACAUAAUCGAUGAAACAACCAUCCUUUCGUUUUUCUCGCGUUAAAAUAAUUACAAAUAAGUUUGAAAUAAUUCAUAGCAAUAGCCGAGUAAAAAUGAAUAUGACUUAUAAUAGGUAGUGUUAACGUUGUUGCAUAUAUAGGCAUCUUUUUGCAGUUUUGUAUCACUUUCACUUUGACAGUUACUUAUAUUAUUAUAAUAGGCGUGCGGUUCGUAAUCUGCGGCUAUACAAUAGAUCCUUCGGUUUUUUUUUUUUUUACAACUCUCCGUGUCAACCGUAUGUAGUAUUAUUGCCGACGAAAAGUGUAUUUCUAUACCUAUACUAGUAAAAAUAUAUUCGGCCGAAACAAGUUUCGACAAAUUAUUAGUUAAAUAUAAGGUUACCUUCUUCAGGGGCAGGGAGGGGGGACCCAGACUGGUCCCAGACGCGAUAUAAUCGACACGCGUCGACCGCGUUUUUCGUGCGCGUAUAUCGUUAUUCGCAAUCCGUGUGCAACGGGAAAAACGAUAUUUUUAACAGUCCGUCGCAUAUCGAUUCGAGUGCCGUGCACGUCUAUUUUCAGUGGCGUGCUCGGGGUUAAUAUCCAACCCCCCCCCCCGCCCCGCCCGCAAUCGGUUUGAAAACACAACGGCCGUUUUAUACGAGAGUUCGGUCGGUGUGAGUUACCAAUUAGUAAUUUUUCGUUGAAAAUAUACUGUGUUUCAGCCGAGUAGUCGCCGGGGAAAAAGGAGAGAAAAACUAUUGGGAAAACCGGGUUUUAAAUAUCUCGUUGUCGGGGGUCCCGGCGUCGCGGUAGAAUUAUCGGCGGUUUAAUCGCGAACCCAUUAUUAUUUUUGCCCCGUGAAUACCUCGCGUCGUAAAUUCCCGGGCGCGCCACCGAGCGGUUAUUACACGCGAGCCGUGCGAGUGCCCUCGUCGUACAACAACAGUGUAAUAUAUCGUGGUAAUAACAUAAGCCGGUAUCGUCCUAACCGAAAUGACAUUGUUCGUACAUAGUGAAUAUCCGUCGUACCGUGGUGCAACUUAUUACCUAUAGGCAGUAAAGUUGUAGGCGAACACGCAGGUCUACACCACGCAGAAUUACAUAAUUAAAUUCGUUUUACCCCCCUCCCGUUUAAUAUGAUAUUAUUAUGAUAAUUUUAAUAUUCGAAUGGUCGUGAUAAUAACGCCGCGCGCGCGCGUGUGUGGGUCUCCUCCUCCGUCCCGCUUCUGCUGCCCCGUCCCGCCGCCCCCAGACGGGCAGCGACGUCGGUUUAUAUUUGUUCGUGAUGUUGUCGGUGGCCCCGCCGCCAUAAAUAAAUAUUAAAUACAAUUUUUUUUUUCCCCCGUGUCUUUCUUCAGAAAUAACUCCACUGCUGUUUGUAGCGCGGCCGCGGCGCGUCGGUAUCGCUUGUAAUAAUAAUAAUAUAUUAUCGCCACUGAGACUGUGUUGCCGCAUAUAGUUAUAACAGUCCGCUCGGGCCGGAGCGGCUCGCCACGCGCGCGCACAAUAAUAAUAAUAAUAAUAAUUGUUAUUAUUAUUAUUAUUACUGUUGCCUACGUCGUCGGGCGUACUCUCUCCUCUUCCACCUCCGUGUAUAAAUACGUACGACUCGCGACCAUCACCGCCGGUUAUUGUGCACGCACGAUACUCCCACGCGCGCCACGUCGUCCCUUGCGCGUCGUCGCGUGAAAGUGGGAGCUCGACGACGGCGCUCGUAGGCCGGGCGAAGUUGUCAGAGGGGAGGUUGAUCUACGCACCCACACGUCCCCGCCGCCGUGUGUCGCACAACCCAUCCUCGUGCGUGUACACGCGUAAUCGCCGGCCUACCCCUCCUCUCUCAAACACACAACUCGUGCGUACAAUGUAUUCCCCUCCGUCGUCGCGGCUCGUCGUUGUUUACCCGGAGACCAAAAACCCGUUGCCAAGGGUUGCCAAAGUUCCUCUUUUUUUCUUUCUCCCCCCCCCCUCCCGUAUAUUUGUGCACCAUCGGGCGUCGGCAACGGUCGUGUGUCCCAUACUCCCGUACUAUACGGGCGCAAUCGAUUCGGUCGUUUGCCAUGGGCGGAGGCCCGACACCCUUGUCGCCUCCCCGUCGACCGUAUUGAUCUCGCUCAAUCGCACUCUCUCUCUCUCUCCCUCCCUCUCCGGCAGCUUUACUGCUGCAGUACUCGCUGCUCAGAGUCUGUCUAGGCCGGUCGCCGCAGCAGCCGCAAGGCCGCCUCUAUCCCGGACUCUGCCACUCCGCGUCGUUGCAUCGUCGUUGGACGGCUGCCAGUUUUGAGGCAGGUCGUUGCUUUUUAACUCCCCCGCCUACGAUCCGGUGCCCCCGAGGUUUCUCCCACCACACACACUCGCUGAUUAAUUGAUAAAUUUUACAACGACCGGUAUGAAUAAUAAAUUGUGUGUAUUUUUUUUUUAUUCCUUGUCGCUUCUAUACGAUCAUUAUUAUAAACACGUAUUUGAGAAGACUAGGGGAGUAUCUAAUUUCAACGUCGCUUUGAUAUUUGUUUCUAAUAUUUUUACCCUGUCCUGUAAGUCAGCGGUUCUCAAAUUGUGAUACGUGUACCACUGGUGGUACACAAAAGACCUCACGGUAGUACCAGGGAUGGAUCCAGAAGGUGGCCUAGAGGCCCCCCCCCUCCCAGACAUAUUAUUUCUCAAUUUUUUUUAUAAAUCUAUAGUUCCUGAUAUUACUAUAUUCCAAUCACAGAUAUGUAUGACAUGUAUUACAUUAUAUCGUAACUGUAUUUGUGUUGUAAACAAAUUGUUGGGCCCCUCUUUCCGAAUCUUUGUUCGGGAUCCGUGCCGGGGUGAUACGCAGAGGGCCGUAUGGAGCAACAGUAUAAAAAAUAAAUUAAUGAAUAUUCGUAUAAAUGUUUUUAAUAUAUCUAAUAUUGUAUUUUAUAUUAAUAUUAUAUUAAAGUAUUUUUUACUGUCUUAUACUCGUAUCGUGUUGAAAAAAAUGUAAAAAACAUUUUGAAUUGUUCAAUUUUAAGUUUUACGUGAUAAGUGACAGAUCCAUAAUACAUUUUAUAAGUGGCACGCGAAAUUAAAAGUAUGAGAACCUCUGCUAUAAGUACUUAUAGCUUACAGGUACUCUAUAAUAUAUUAAAUUCGCGGGUGUUAAAUUAAAAUCUAUAGGAUGCCCAGUGUCCCUCAAUUCUACCUAUGCCCUCUUCACCCCCCUCGACUUUAAACAAAAUUGUAUUCGUUCUGAUUAAACAUCGCGGUGUUGUUUAUAAUAAUUGAAAUAUAUACUAAUAUGAUUACAUUUUUUUUUUUCCGUUUGUGCGUUCUGUAGUCGUAGACAUAUAUUAAUUCACGUUAGAAUUUAAGAAUGUUGUGAUGUAUUUUUUGAAGAUAAGAAAUAUCAUUCAAAUUUGUCGGUUAAUUGUGUAGGGUAUAUAAAUUAUAUUGUUUCAAUAUUUAUUUGCGGCGUUUUUUCAACCAGUAUAAUUAUUAUUAUAACGCAAUCAUUAUUAAUCAUAUUAUAUAAUAUAUAUAUAUAUAUUACCUAAAUGAUAAUAAUACCCAUGAUUGAAAAGGAUAUUUUAUCGAUUAGUCCCUUCUAUAAUCUAUUUUUAAUUGUGAUAUAAAAACGAUUAGGUGGGUCAAAACAAAGGUGGAUAGACAAAGUGGAAUGAAUUUUAGCAGAAUUCGGAACUCUGGAUGAAAAAAUAUUAGCCCAGCAUAGAGAUAGGUGGAAGGAAGUUUAUGUGGGCCUCAAUGACCUUUGAAAAUAGAAGAAGAAGAAAAAUGGUCUAAAGUUUUUAAAAAUAGCAUGUUUUAUUUGAUAUUAUAUAUUUUUACUUAAAACAAAAUUCCUAGAAUGGAAAAAGCAAUUAUUGGAAUUUGUAGUUUGCAUAAUAAUUAAUAGUAACAGUAAUAUUUAUUUUGUGUGUGUAUGUGUGUACAACAUUUCUACCAAAAAUAUUGUACUGACUUUCAAGUGUUAUUUGUAUUCAAUUACAAAUAUUAUAAAUAAUGUGUAGAAAUAAAAUACUUAUAUUGGACUUUUGUAUUCGUAUUAACAUUUUAAUAUCAAUCUGACAAUUUUUGAGGUUUUUUAAAUUUAUUUAGUUUUAUGUGAUUAAAAUUGUAUUGACUGACCCAUCAUAAAUCCUUAAUAACUUAACAUGAGGUUCACCAUAAAUUGUACUUAGUGGGAAAAACAGUUUAUAUUAUAUAGAAGAUUUUUUUUAUAUAUAUACAUAAGUCUUUUUAAAUAUUUCAGUUUGGUUUAAUUAUUAAAAUUUGUCUUAUAGAUAUCUAAUAGGUAUUAAAGAAAAUAAUUAUUGUAAUAGUUUCAAUACUUGAAUCAUUUAUUUAUUAAUUUUUCCAUUGUUUUAUAGAUGCACAUUGGAUUUAAACGAAGACCUGGUGCAAUCAUUGAAAGCAUGCAACAUCAUGGCAAAGGAGUAUACUCCGGAACAUUUUCUGGUAAAUUUCAUGUUCAUUUUAAAAUACUUACUAAGGCUUUAUGAUAUCUUCCAUGGUUUCCUACAGCUAAGUUGGCCUAAGGCUUCUUGGCUGAAAACAUAAAAUUACACAUGUCUGCUGAUAACUUUAUAGAACUGCAACUAACAACUUUUGAUAUCCCAUCAAAAGAGAACAUUAAUACGAAAAAUAUUAACUGAACUUGCCUUGUUGCCUUUAACUCUGUUAAAUAUUGUAUUUGUUAUUCCAGGUACAUUGAAUCCGGCUUUGCAAGAUCGCUUUGGUCGUCCAAAACGUGACAUCAGUACCAUAAUUCACAUACUUAAUGACUUGUUGUGCGCUACACCACAGUACCGAGCAGCUGCUAGAUCAGGCACACCAGCUGUAUGCACAGCCACUACACUUCCUCCUACUACUUCAGCUGCUCAAGCUGCUGCACCAUUUACCACUGCUAAUGGUGUGUCCGCUCAAACGUCUGCUAAUUCUGAUAAUACUGGUAAGAAAUUAAAUACCACUUUUCAUGUGAUUCCUAUAAUAAUAUUAUGAUAUACUAUAAAAUUAUAUUUUUUUACAGAGAGUGAGACUAAAGAAAAUGCAGCCACUCGUGGAAAAAUGGAACGAUUACGUUUGAUUAUGGAAGAAAAACGUGAAAGACGUAGGGCCAGUCGCUCAGUGCCGUAUGAUAAAUCUAAAUCAGGGACACAAUGGUCGGCUAAAUCAGAAACACAGAGUGUCGCACCACAAGAUCCCCCAGCAGAUCCAACAUUACCACCUGAACAAGUCGUUGUUUGA